GAGAGAGAGAGAGAGAGAGAAAGAGAGAGAGAGAGAGAGGGAGAGGGAGAGGUAGAGAGAGAGAGGGAGAGACAGAGAGAGACAGAGAGAGAGAGAGAGAGAGAGAGAGAGAGAGAGAGAGACAGAGGGAGAGGGAGAGGGAGAGGUAGAGAGAGCAGCCUGCCUGAUCGUCACAUUUCUUGCAGAGAUAACAUUACAGAGAAUGUCCAUGCUUCUUUAAGGAGACUCAGCGCUGUUCAAAGGUUCAGAAAUACCCAGACUAAAAGGCCAAUAAGUAGCUCUUUGACAGACCAUAUUGGACAUACAUAAAUGGAUGGACAAAGAGAUAUUGCAUUCAGAAUUCACUUGUCAACCAGUGAGACUCGUCAGUGGAUAUAAUGGGCAACACAACACAUAAACCUUUAGAAGAUGUGACUCUACAGCCCGACCCUGUGGUGAGCAGGCAGUUCUUCACUCUGCACGGUGGCAGCGGUGGGGGAGGAGGUGGCAGGGGUUCGGUGGUAGAGAGGCGGACGUCGGCCCCCCCAGUGAUCCUCAGUCUGGAGUCGCCCAGGUUCCACCCUCAGGCCAAGGGGAAGAACAUCAGGCUGGACGGUCAGCUGAGACGAGCUACCAGGAAGAACAGCUUCUGCAACGGAAUCACCUUCAGCCAACGACCUGUUAAUCUCUAUCAGAAGGUUCGUCUGCGUCUGUCCGGUGUACACAACGGCUGGAGUGGUGCUCUGCGGUUCGGUUUCACCAGUCUGGACCCGAGCGAGCUCAACUCCUCCAACAUCCCCAAGUACGCCUGUCCGGACCUGGUGACGCGGCCGGGUUACUGGGCCAAAGCCCUGCCGGAACGCCUGGCGAUCCGCAACAACGUCCUGUCCUUCUGGGCCGACAGACACGGCCGUGUGUUCUACAGUAUCAACGAGGAGGAACCCAUCCUCUUCCACUGUGGUCUGAGUAUAGGAUGUCCGCUCUGGGCCAUCAUAGACAUCUAUGGCCUCAUCCAGGAGGUUACACUGCUAGAGAGCAAGUUUGCAGAGAGUGUCGGGUCCAGUUGUCUGUCUGCGGCCCGUCUCAGUGCCUACCUCCCUCAGAGCAGCCACGACUCCGCAAACUACAACAACAACCAGCUAGAGAACAACCAGGCCGCAGCGAAGAUGGCCACGUUACAGCUCAACAACAAAGCCACUGCGAAGAUGGCCACUGCGAACUACAGCUCAAAUUCUCUCAACAACUACAGCCAGAUGAUCCCCUGUUGUACCACAUCUUCCUCCUCCAUAACAUCAUCAUCAUCCGUCCCAUUCUCCACCCCGAGGUUGGUCCGAGCUGGGCUCCCCUCGCCGCUCGACACCGACCUCCACUUCCAUCCAGUCCGUGGCCCGGACGUCAUCCUGUCAGCUGACCGCUCUGCAGCGUGUAUCCACUUCCUUGAGUCUUCGAGGACUCUUGUGUUCUCAGAUCGCCCACUAAGGGUCAGGGAGACGCUCUACGUCGAGGUCGGUCAUCUCGGCCUGCCCUACUUCGGGGCGCUCCUUUUCGGACUGACCUCCUGCGAUCCGGGGUCCCUCCAUGCUGGGGAACUUCCUGCCGACCCAGAGGUGCUGCUGGACAGGAAGGAGUACUGGGUGGUGUACCGCGGCUUCCCCAUGCCCUGCUCCGGGGACGUUCUGUCCUUCAGCCUGACACCCAGCGGUGAGGUGCAUCAUGGGGUCAACGGGGCGGCCAGAGGGAGGCUGCUGUGUGUCGAUUCAUCACAGAAACUCUGGGCCUUCUUUACCCUGCAUGGAGCGGUCAACAGACUCAGGAUACUGGGCACGCUCCAGUCCAGCCCUUCCUUCCUUUCCUCCCAGACCAGUAGUAGCAGUAGUAGUCCAGACGACAGUGAUUCUGACCUGGCCUUCAGCGUCAACAGAUCCUCCUCCGAGUCCUCCCUGGUGACGGCCCCCAGCUCCCCUCUCAGCCCCCCUGUCUCCCCCACGCUGUCUCCCCCACCCUGUCUCCCCCACGCUGUCUCCCCCACCCUGUCUGCCCCAGAGCUGCCUUCUGGUGGUAAGAAGGGGGAGUGCACCGUCUGUUUCGACCAGGAAGUGGACACGGUCAUCUACACCUGCGGACACAUGUGUCUGUGUAACAACUGUGGGCUAAAGCUGAAGAGACAAGUGAAUGCCUGCUGUCCUAUCUGCCGCAGGCCCAUUAAAGACGUCAUCAAGACAUACAGACCAUGAGAGGACUGGGACAUUACUGGGACAUUACUGGGACAUUACUGCAGCAGGCCUAUUAAAGACGUCAUCAAGACAUACAGACCAUGAGAGGACUGGGACAUUACUGGGACAUUACUGCAGCAGGCUUAUUAAAGACGUCCCAUUAAAGACAUCAUCAAGACAUACAGACCAUGAUGUCUGGGACAUUACUGGGACAUUACUGGGACAUUACUGCAGCAGGCCCAUUAAAGACAUCCCAUUAAAGACAUCAUCAAGACAUACAGACCAUGAUGUCUGGGACAUUACUGGGACAUUACUGCAGCAGGCCCAUUAAAGACGUCCCAUUAAAGACAUCAUCAAGACAUACAGACCAUGAUGUCUGGGACAUUACUGGGACAUUACUGGGACAUUACUGCAGCAGGCCCAUUAAAGACAUCCCAUUAAAGACAUCAUCAAGACAUACAGACCAUGAUGUCUGGGACAUUACUGGGACAUUACUGCAGCAGGCCCAUUAAAGACGUCCCAUUAAAGACAUCAUCAAGACAUACAGACCAUGAUGUCUGGGACAUUACUGGGACAUUACUGCAGCAGGCCCAUUAAAGACGUCCCAUUAAAGACAUCAUCAAGACAUACAGACCAUGAUGUCUGGGACAUUACUGGGACAUUACUGCAGCAGGCCCAUUAAAGACGUCCCAUUAAAGACAUCAUCAAGACAUACAGACCAUGAUGUCUGGGACAUUACUGCAGCAGACAUUGUCUAGAGCAGGGAUAUUCAACUCUGACCCUACGAGAUCUGGAGUACUGCUGGUUUCCUGUUCUACGUGAUAAUUCAUUUCACACCUGUUGUCCCAGGUCUAAAUCAGGCCCUGAUUAGAGGGGAAUCACCCACCUGUUGUCCCAGGUCUAUAUCAGUCCCUGAUUAGAGGGGAAUCACCCACCUGUUGUCCCUGGUCUAAAUCAGUCCCUGAUUAGAGGGGAAUCACCCACCUGUUGUCCCUGGUCUAAAUCAGUCCCUGAUUAGAGGGGAAUCACCCACCUGUUGUCCCAGGUCUAAAUCAGUCCCUGAUUAGAGGGGAAUCACCCACCUGUUGUCCCAGGUCUAAAUCAGUCCUUGAUUAGAGGGGAAUAUUUUUUUUUAAAGCAGUGGAACUGGCUUUGAGGUCCAGAUGUAUAUUUGAAGGUUAUAGAGACAGACUGGACACCAUUGCAACAGGCGCAUCAAGGUCAUCAUUAAGCCUGACCAUCCAUGAGAGGACAAACUACUGGGACAGGGCUCUGUCUGCACCCCAGAGACGUCUCUUACCAAACUGGACACUCUACACUACGGCAGGUCCAUCACGGACCUCCCACAUCAAGACAUAUUGGCCCUGAUAGACUGGACACACUCUCUCUCUCUCUACCCGAGACUCUCUCUCUCUCUCUACCUGAGACUCUCUCUCUCUACCUGAGACUCUCUCUCUCUACCUGAGACUCUCUCUCUCUACCCGAGACUCUCUCUCUCUCUCUACCUGAGACUCUCUCUCUCUCUACCCGAGACUCUCUCUCUCUCUCUACCCGAGACUCUCUCUCUCUCUCUCUCUCUCUACCCGAGACUCUCUCUCUCUCUCUCUACCUGAGACUCUCUCUCUCUACCCGAGACUCUCUCUCUCUCUCUCUACCCGAGACUCUCUCUCUCUCUCUCUCUACCUACCUGAGACUCUCUCUCUCUACCCGAGACUCUCUCUC